CUUCAUCAUUACAAGUAUUCGCACUCGACAAAUUCGAUAAGUAUUCGCCAAAUAUCGGGGAAGCAACAUCGCGAUUUCAUUAACUGUCCCUUAUGUGGAUCUGUAGCAAGGCAACCCUUCCCGCAGAGCAUACGCAGACCUCACAUCUUACAGUUGCUUCAAUGCAAUGAUGUCCCAACGGAUGCAGAGUUGUCCUGUUCCCAGGAGAUAGUCAAGAAGGCAUCUGGGCAUAUUGCUGAACUUGACGAGAGGAUUGCAGAUGCCAGGAAGACACGUGAUGCUCUUUUGUCAGAGUGUAUUUCAAUAGAGGAAGACUCUAAGGAUGCCAGAGUGCUUUCCUCGCCAGUUCGAAGGCUACCACCCGAUGUUUUUCGUGCGAUCAGUCUCGAGACCAUACUGUCUCCUUUCCAAACCAUGUCUAGGUCCGAUUACUACAAUAGUCUGGAUCACAAAAAUUCUCCUUGGAUGGUAUCGCAGGUCUGCCAUGGCUGGCGAUUGAUUAUCGUUAGCUCACCGGAACUCUGGUCGUCCAUGUCACUCAUCCUAUCCAAUCAUUUUUCAUCCUCGAUUUUUUGCCAGAUGUUCAUGCUUGGUCGUAGAUAACGCGCUACUGGGCAUCCUUGUCGUCGGUAUCGCCUUUGUGGGUAUCGCCUUGAUGGCGAGUAUCAAUGUGACUGACAGACGAGCCCGAGUAAGGCGGCAGGCUGAACAGCCCCGACGGAACUGGCAGCAGUCGACGCCGUGUUCAUGCUGGACAGGAAGAGCAUCGCCG